AUGAAUUCUAAAACCAAGAGACACGACCUCACUGUUUGGAAUAUGGUUCAGGUUCCAGUUAUGGGCAUUAGAAAAGAUCCAAAGGCUCCUCAGUCGUUGACGCAUUGGGUCGCGUCGUACCCGCGCACUAUGUUAUUCCCAAGUACGUACGCGCUGCCAAAUUAUCUUCACAAACACUACAAAAUUCAUCACUAUUUGCUUGACGAUGAUGACAUGUUGGCUAUUAAACAUAUCACUGCUGAUACACCAGGUUUCAAAUGGACAAAGGAAUCAGUGACUGGCUUCGCUUCUCUCGAAAAUUUUAUGAGACUUGUUUUGACGAUCCCAGGAAAUUAUCAACAGAAGAAACUGUAUAUGCGAAUGAUUCCAGCACUUGCAAUGGGAGAAACCAGAAAUCGAGUCGCUCGUGUGUUUGCCGAUGAGGUCGCCUUGAUGAUACCGUUGUUGAAAGAGCAGCAAGGAGAGCCUUUGGAAGAUCCGAAAGGUGAGCAGGAAAAGUUAUUCAAGAUGCUGAAUCAUCUUGAGAAAGCAUACCGCAGUACCAUUACACUCGAAAGAUUGCACGAAUUGCUUUGUGAAUACGACAUCGACAAAUCAUUACUUACGCUUGUCGACGAUCCAGUGCAUAUCAUUGGAUGCAAAUCUUUUGCCCAAACUGGCGUUCAUUUCAAGAUUCUCAACACUGUUGGAACCAAAAUGAUUAGUAGAGAACAGGCCGUUCUAUACAUGUAUGAGACGCUGAUUUGUGGUGUGAACUGGACUGGUAUUGACAAAGAAAAGAAACGAAACUGUUAUAUCUUGUACAUUCCAUUACUAAGAGUCAUUCUGGAUCUGAAAAAGAAAAAUCCUGAAAUUUAUAACACUGGAGACCAAUGGAUGGAUUUUCUCUAUUUGAAUAAGUGUCCAAAUGAUUUUGUUAGCCCAGACGACUUUAAAGAAAUAACUGAUGACUUUGAUAUCGAUUACUUCGAUAAUCCAUUUAUCAGAGAAAACUUGUUGCCUGUUUGGCUUGUACGAGCUAUGUUGGUUCUUGGAUGGAUGAAUGGCAUCGUUCGAGAUGAAUCAGAUCUUCUCAAAUUUGUUUCCAACAUCAUAUUUGUUCUCGUCGAUGCUCUUAUGCCGUCAGUUCCGCCGCAAGAUCGUCAGCGCAUCAUUGAUACUGGCAACGCGGCUCUGGAGUUAUGGUUAGCAUCAACCGAUUCGAGUGAGAGUGAAAACGAGGAGAGAGCAAAAGAAGUUCUAGACGCUAAUCAGCCGUCGACUUCGCAGCCACAAGAACAUUCAAGCCAAGGAAAGGAAAUUCCUGCUAACAUUAAACACGACGAAGACAAGAAGAACCCAGUUUCCAAAGAUUCCAGAUGA